CGGUGGGGAGGAAGAGGGAGGCGAAGGACCAAGGCAAGCGCACUUCCUCCCACUGAAGGGAUAGUUCUUCUCAAGAGCUGGCUGUAAUCGUGGUGGAGGAUCAAGAUGAUGCGGCCCCAGAAACGGGCACAAUGGCGGCCCAUUCCCCACUGCACCCUCUGAUGCCAGGUGGCGACCUUGCUGGGCCGUCCCAAGGUAUUGUCCUGGAGCGACCUCCUUCGUCGCCCGUAGUGACCUACGAGGUGGCGAUCGAGGGUCGCUCGGCGAGGCUUAGCAUCCCCCCCCCACCCCAAAGUUUAGGGGACGUGCAGCUGGAGACCUUGAUCACCUUGCCCGCGGAAGACCAGGCCCGCAUCUCGGCUGGUUCUGAGGACGACCUCGACAACAUGGUCCUCUUGAGACUUAGCCAGGCUACGCUGGGGAUGAUUGAGGUCGUUGGCAGGAAGCGGGGCCGUCAAGCGGCUUCGGAUGAGGCGAUGAAGGCAGCGGAAGCCAAGCAGAAGGAAUUACAGGGCUCAAAAGGGAUUGAUAGUACUAAUCAUCCCAACAAGGGUGGGGGCCUGGGUGUUACAGAGAAAGCCUCCCAAAAGGACCGCUACAUCGCUCUUGAGGCAGAUAAAGCUUCCUUGUCUUUGGAGGUGGAAUCUGUUUCUGCUCGCGUGGUCGAGUUGGAAGGGGAGAAGUCUGACCAGAUCCAGCAAUUGGAGAUGGAGAAGAGCGACCGGGCCCGCCACGCAGAGGGAGCGGUAGAAUCCUUUAAGUCCUCUCCUGACUUUACAAUGGUCGCCCUGGAGCGGAUGGAUAAGCUGACAGCCGAAUGACUCAAAACUGAACCUGGGGCCCAAUGGAUGGUCAAAGAGGGGACCAAGUCCUUCAAUUGUGGACUCUUCCGCGCUGAACAGGUC